CGUUUUCAACGACCGGCUCGUCGGCUCGCCGAGACAGCCAACCAACCAACCACUGGCACUGACUUCGACAUGUCAGUGAUAUGCACUUUCCUUCCACCGAUAAUUUGCGUCGGAGCUCACUUACGAAUGACUUCAAUGCAUAUGUCAUCGAACACGAGCCAAGCUCGCUCCUUUGUUGCACUGGUGGCUUCGCCUAGGUCUUUAUCCCAUACCACCAACAGAAAAUCGCACUCUGUCCACACUGAUACACGACUUCAACCAGCGUAUCCUGGCCACAUACCACUCACUCCGUUCGAAACUGGAAUUCUCGCAGUUGGCUCUGCACUCAUGUCUCUCAUAGAUACUCGUCGCGCGGACAUGGUUGCAGCUUGCGGAGAAACCACUGCUGGGCCAACUCUGGUGAAGUUGAGGGAUAUAAUGCUGGAGUCUCCAGAGGGUCGGCGCAUUCUCAAAGAAAUGCCACGUAUCAAUUCACAAACCUUGGACUGGGAGAAAUUGCGAUCCCUUCCAGAGAACACUUUUGGACGUGCUUACGUGGGGUGGCUUGAUGCUUGCAAAGUCACACCUGAUUCUAGAGAGCCCGUACACUAUAUCGAUGACCCAGAGCUGGCAUAUGUCAUGCAACGCUAUCGCGAGACACACGACCUCUAUCACGCCGUCUUUGGAUUUAAAGUCUCGGCCCUUCCCGAACUUGCACUCAAAGCUUUUGAGUUUGCAAAUCUAGGCUUCCCCAUGACUGCAUUAUCCCUGGGAGCCUCAAUGAAACUCAAGCCACCUCAACGGACCCGACUUUGGGGGGAAUUUGUCCCUUGGGCUGCGAGGUGCGGAAGUCAUGCGAGGUGCUUGCUUACAGUGUAUUGGGAGGAGAGAUGGGGACAGGAUCUGGACGAAAUGAAGAAAGAAUUUGGUGUCUGGGAUCCACCGGCGGGAAUUACCAUCCAGCCACCCUCGCACAUCGUCUUUCCCUAAUAUACUAGCAUGAUGAUAAACGAUCGUUGUGGCACUGAGCGACAAUACCCGACUCCGCUGUAUAGCAAAUUAAUUCCUCUUUCCUUCCCCUAAAGGCUUGUACGUUGCCCAAGCGAACCACGCUUGUUCCCGUUGGUUCACCAAUAUAUGUGCAGAUCACGAGUUACUUUAUCCAACGGGGCAGAUAUUUGUAGCGCCAAAGAAGCUUGGGCGGUGGCACGAUCUACCGCAACUAAAGUACUGUAGAGAUACGACACUAACUUCAACCACAUCCAGCUGUGACCAUCUUACACUUAGUGAGUGGUGCAAAAUUGAGGCCUGCAGUUGAAAAUCACAAA